ACUCAGAAAUCGAGCAACGGGUCAUGGGCUCAAUGUCUCGCUCCCGGAAUCGAUCCCCUCGGCAGUGCUGCUUCCCCUGAGGGAGGCCCCGACGUGCGACGACGCGACGGUCGCCAGGCGCCACCGCGCCAGCGCCUCGCGCCCUCGCCCCGGUGCCGCCUCCUCCUUCCACUCGGACCCUCCUCCUCCCCUUCCCAGCGCAGGACGCCGGCUCUGAGGCCCAGGGGCUAGGGCAAGGACGCCGAGUGUCCGCCACGCAGGAGCGCAGCGCGUCGCCUGCUUCCAACGCCGUGUUGAAAAUAUGUCAAAGCGAAGAGGUGAAGGUGAUUACUCAUCUAGCUCAAAUGAGAAGCAGAAAGCUAACAAAAGUCAUGGAAAUUUUGAUCUGGAUGAUUCAUCUCACAAGGAAUUUGACAGCCUUGAUGCCGAGGUAGAACUGCAUACAGAAGUUGUGCAAAAAUUAUCUGAAAGUGUUGUCUCACUGUCAUUCAUUGGAGAUCAUGAACAAUAUCAAUACACAGGCCUUGUUAUCCAAAGUGACGCAUAUGGUAGUCGUUUUGUGACUUCAGCAACUGCGAUUAGAUCUAAGGAAGGUGGCAGAAAGAUUAAUAGGGAUAUGUCGGUUGGUUCUCCCAAUUUUUCGAUUCAUGUGAGCCUUCCAAAUGGGCAAAUGAUAUGGGGGUCCUUGCUAUCAGUUGAUUUUGACUACAAUAUUGUUGGUAUCGGCUUGGGCCCUUUCCAUGUUUUUAAAGAAGCAAGUCUGGAUCAGCCCGGGGAAGUUGGAUAUAAUAACACUGUAACAGCUAUAUGUUGCAACAGUACAGGAAAAAUAAUGUCCUCUACUGGGGUAGUGACUAACAAAUCAAAUGAACUUUAUGGUCAAAAGCUUAUUAUGUCCACGUGUAUUAUUCCUGAGUUUGGUAUUGGAGGUCCCCUUGUCGACUCUGAGGGAAACUUUGUUGGCAUGAACAUGUCUCUUGUGAAUAAUGAAGGGACUCUAUUCCUACCAAGGGAAACAAUUCUUGAUUCGGUUGUACCAUUUUGGUUACCUGGCACGUCUGUGUUGCGGCAAGCAUUCAGCUUAAGGGCUACUAUGAAGAUCAAGCAAGGACAUGAUAACCAAAUUGAAAGAAGCACAAGUGAGAUAUGUAAAUCUUCAACUCCUGUUGUUCUUAAUUCAGAAGGUUCUUCACCAGUGGCGCAAGGAAAAGGUAUAGGAAGUGACAAGAGCCCAGAAACGAAUCAGAAGUCUUCUGUAUCCUCUACAAGUGAUUCAGAAAGCGAAUCAUCACAAGACACCAGUGAAUUAUCGGGUUCACCAUUGCCGGAUAAUGAAUUCAUGAAGGCUUUUACUAAUGAUCUACUAUCCCGUGGUUAUCCCCUGCCAAAAAUGCUUGAUGGAGACAUGGAGUUGUGUAGAAAUUUUGAGGAGGAAUUCGGAAGAGACGUGUGGAACAGCAGGCUCCCAAAAAAAGUUGCUUUAGACACAUCUUUAAGUGUUGUCUCACUUGCUUCAUUCCGUGGAGAAACUAGGUUUUUUGUUUGCACUGGUGUACUUAUAGGCCGCCACAAAUCCAUCACUAGAAUCCUGACAUCAGCGAGUUUGGUUAGAUUUGCUAAUAAAAACGAGAUUAAUCGCAGCUUGAAGAUUCGUGUGUUACUUCCAAAUAAGAAACAUGCCACAGGGAAACUGCAACAUCAUAAUUUACAUUAUAAUAUUGCUGUUGUCAGCAUCAGGAAUUUCCACUGUCGUCGAAUAGCAAAACUCCACUUUGAGAAGGCAGUUUAUCCUCCCAAUGAGGUAGUAGCUAUAGGGCGUACCUUUGAAACAGGAAAACUCAUGGCAACAAUUGGGGUGCUGACUGACAAUUCAAGCAAUCUUGUCAGCGAAGAGCAUGGAAUCUCUACUUGUAAGAUCACCAAGGCUGGGAUUGGAGGCCCCCUUAUUGAUCUUUGUGGGAAUUUCAUUGGCAUGAACUUCUAUGGUGCGAAAAGAACUCCUUAUCUACCAAGACAUAUAAUUCUGGAGCAAUUGAAGUACUUUGAUAGAAAAGGGUCUGCUGCUGCUAAGAUUAACGAAGAUGGUGAUCCAAAUAGAUUUUCUGUGCCUGGGCCAUAUUGGUGGUAUCCUUCCCUUGCCCCGCCCUUUGUUUUCGAACACAGGAGAAAGCAUUGAAUUAUCAUCAUCGAUGCACAAGUCCUGAUCCUCCUGAGCUGGUUGUCAGGGUCCUAGCGUGUAUUGUUGAAUUGCUUGUUAAUUUCAACUCCCUGGUGAAAGAUGUAACAUGGUUCGACCUCUACCAUGUUUCAACUGGCCUGCGUGAUUUGCAUAUUUGCAUGUGACAUACAUCCUGAGUCAGCACAUACUCUCUGGGAAAUGGAUGCGACCUGAAUGUUUUUUUUCCCCUGUGGUUAUCAUGUGAGGACUUCAAUGGCCUUAUUUAUGGUUCUAUCAUUAAUUGGUUUGUCUGUAAAUAUAAAUCUGAUAAUGGCGUGAGAACCCACUACUGGUGGUAGUCUUAAUUGAUUGAUUCUGAGAACUCUGAAAAAGAUUAUUUA